ACUAUGUGGGCAAUUUUAGUUGUUAUAACAUUACUGCUCAGCAUUUGGUUGCAAUGGAUCCACAAAAACCGCCGGCUUUUGGGAAUGGCCAAAAAAAUCCCCGGCCCACCUGCCUUGCCAAUACUUGGCAAUGCUCUCAAAUUUAUGGUUCAACCUCAAGAGUUCAUAAAAAUAAUAAACGAUCUCCUUAUGGAGUAUGGGGAUGUGCUUAGAGUUUGGCUUGGAACUGAGUUAAAUAUUAUUGUCAGUAAUCCGGAGGAUGUAAAGCUUCUUCUUACAAACAAUAAGAUUAAUGUAAAAGGGCCUCAAUAUAAGUACAUGGCAGAUGUUCUUGGCGGAGGGAUUCUCAGUGGAUCAGGUACCCCUUGGAGGAAACAUCGUAAAGUAGCAGCACCAAAUUAUGGAAAACGUGCCAUUGAAAAUUACACCGAUAUUUUUAACCGUGAGACUGACUUGCUGCUUCAGAAAUAUGCAGAAACACCCAAAGGAGAAGAAAUUGAUAUUUACAAGUACAUCGUUCAAACUACUAGCUAUAUAGUCUGCCAAACACUCAUGGGUUUAACUAGAAAAGAAAUGAUAGAGUUGCCGCACUUGCAAUAUCUCAUUGAUGAAUCCCCUCGAUUAUAUGAUAUCGUAUUUGAUAGAAUGACUAAGUGGUAUCUACAAUUAGAUCUGGUGUUUUGUCUGACACAAUACUAUAAACAACAAAAGAAGUAUAUAAGAUGCAUGCUUGAAUUUAGUGAGUCUAUUGUAAAACAUCGAAUGGAGAAACUAAAUUUUACCAAACAAAGUCAAAAAGAGACCAUAAAUAUCGAUGAACUUACUGUAGAAGAUUCUAUAAACAGCACACAGUUAAGUGUUAUAGAUAGAUUUAUAUUAUCGGAAGAACUAGAUCCAAGUGAAUUGCUACAGGAAACCUUCACUGUUUUUACGUCGAGUCAAGAAGCCACUGCAAAAAUAACGUCUACUGUGCUGUUAAUGAUGGCAUUCCAUCCUGAAUGUCAGGAAAAGCUCUACACAGAAAUAGUUAGUGUAGUAGGAAAGAAAGAUAUACCGAUUACAGAGGACGAUAUCAAACAGAUGCCUUAUUUAGAUAUGGUGUUUAAAGAGGUUAUUAGGUUGUUCCCUAUCGCUGGGUUGUUGCAAAGGACUAUAACAGAAGAUAUAACUAUAAGUAAUAGCACUUUACCAGCUGGAGCAUCGCUUAUCAUCCCCAUGUACCACAUGCACCGUGAUCCGAAACAUUGGCGAAACCCAGAUGCCUUCGACCCUGAAAGAUUCAAUCCUGAAAAUAUGAAAACACGUAACCCGUACAGCUAUAUUCCAUUUAGUUUGGGAUCUAUGGAUUGUUUGGGCAGAUACUUUGCGGCGAAACUUGUGAAAACUAUAGUAAUAAGAUUUAUGCAGAAUUUUAAAUUGGCGACAUUCCAAAAGUAUGAAGAUCUUCGAAUAAUGAUUUCGAUAUCAGCAACGACGAUGGACGGUUUUCCUGCUGCUUUGACCCGCAGAGUAUAACUAUUAUUAAAAACAAGAAGGAAUAUUAGUUAUUAUAAGCCGUAGUC